CUUCAAAAGCAUACUUCUUGUCCACGCUGCACACUAUGGCUCACUCUUGGCUCUCUCUUAUCAUCUCCUUCAUGUUGUCCACAGCUACAAUUUAUGGACAGAAACUUUACACUCCGACGCUGAGUCUACACCGCAAACACGUUCUCCGAGAUCCCGAACGUGCACUUUCGGCGUCCGUAACAAACGAUUUUGAAACCUUCUUCUUCAAUCAAACCCUCGAUCAUUUCAACUACAGACCAGAGAGCUACACUACCUUCAAACAAAGAUACUUGAUCAACUCCAACUUUUGGGGCGGCGCGAAUUCUAGUGCGCCGAUCUUCGUUUACCUCGGUGCCGAAGAGCCAAUCGAUGGAUCCCCGAGUGCAAUCGGGUUUCUAACAGAUAACGCAGCUCAAUUCAAAGCUUUAUUAGUUUAUAUUGAGCAUCGGUAUUAUGGUGAGUCAAUUCCACUUGGGAUGAGCUUCGAAGAAGCUCUCAAAGAUGCAAAUGUUCGCGGGUAUUUUAACUCCGCCCAAGCUUUGGCCGAUUAUGCAACCAUUAUUAUGCACGUUAAGGAGGAACGAAACGCCAGUAAAUCUCCAGUUAUUGUGGUGGGAGGAUCAUAUGGAGGAAUGCUUGCUUCAUGGUUCCGGCUAAAAUAUCCACAUGUGGCCCUCGGAGCUCUAGCCUCAUCAGCUCCUAUACUGUACUUUGACGAUAUUACCCCACAAAAUGCAUACUAUUCAGUGGUCACCGAGGAUUUUAAGGAAGCCAGCGAGACUUGCUUCCAAACUAUAGGAGACUCGUGGUCGGAAAUCGAUAGAGUUGCUCAGAAUCCUAAUGGUCUUUCAAACUUAAGCACGAUAUUCAAAACAUGCGGGCCUUUGGAGAGUGGGGAUGAACUGAAGAACUACUUGAUAUCGAUGUACAUAGGAGCAGCUCAAUACGAUGAUCCACCAAUGUAUCCAGUGACAAGGAUAUGCAACGGCAUUGAUGGAGCAAAUACUACUGAAAAUGGCAUUCUUGGCAAAAUAUUUGCAGGCGCCGUUGCCUAUGAGGGGAACUCCACAUGCUACUUCAAUUCUCCCACUAAUGGGUCUCAAGCUAACGUCAACCCUCCCACUGAUGUAUCUGAAACUUCGUUGGGUUGGGGGUGGCAGGUGUGCAGCGAGAUGGUAUUCCCCAUUGGCAUCACAGACAAUCCUAUGUUCCAACCAGCGCCUUUCAACUUGAGCAGAUUCAUUGAUGACUGCAACCACGAGUAUGGUGUUGCGCCUCGCCCGCAUUGGAUCACUACCUACUACGGUGGUCAAGACAUAGAGCUAGUUCUUCACAGGUUUGGUAGUAACAUUAUUUUCUCAAAUGGACUUCGAGAUCCUUACAGUAGCGCCGGGGUCCUGAAGAACAUUUCAGAUAGUAUCCUCGCUGUCUAUACAAAGGAAGGUUCCCAUUGUUUGGACUUAUUACCACAGAUGCAAACUGAUCCAGACUGGUUGGUCAUGCAGCGAAAAACCGAAGUUGAGAUUAUAAAAGGGUGGAUAGCGGAAUAUUAUGCUGAUCUUCUUGCUUUGAAACAAUGAUAUGAUGAAUUGCUGUUGCCAAAAAUAUGGGUGAUGAAUUGAUUCAAGAAGACCAUUUCAGUGACAGAUGAGAACACAAGACUAAGUCCUCCGUAUCUUACCAAAAAGUUAAUGCUUGUACUUUCUUUGCUCCAUUAGAACGAGCUCUUAAUCAAGAAAAGCAAAAUGACUUCGCCCAAUUUUAUGUUUUGAGUCAUGUAAUUCACAACAUGCUUCCAAUUAAUCGUUGGACUCUGGCAAAACAUUUGAAACUGCUGGUGUUCUUUAUUGAUUAAGCAUAGAUUUUCAUUCUAUUUUGAUGUUCUUAUUCUUUUG